GGGGAGGAGGGGGAGGGGGAGCCGAAGAGCGCGGAGCUCUGGGCCGGAGUGGCCUCCCCCUCCCCGAGGUCAGAGGUCCCUUAGCCGCUGGGGAGCGGGGCUGCAGCCUCUGCCGCUGGAUUGCCUACUCUGAUAGGCGCCAUUUUACCCAGCGAUCUCCCUCCGCCUCUCUUCCCCCUCCGCUUCCCCUCUGACACUACUUCCGCCAAUGACGUAUAUUUGCUUAACCAGGACUAAGGUUCCCUCUGUUGGGUCUUAUGGGGGUAGGAAUAAGGAAAACCGAGAGCACGCGGAUAAGGUUGCAGUAUCGCGCACGCGCCCAAGACUUUGCCCGCUGUUAAUCGUGGGAGGAAUCCUGAGUGCCCAGCUCCGUUCACUGGAGGGGGCGGGGCCCUGACGCCAUCAGAGGGCGCCUUGAGUGGGCGGGGAACAACAGUCGGAGAUGCUGGAGUCGCUGUUGGCCCUUGGCGGAUUGGUUCUUCUUCGGGAUUCCGUAGAAUGGGAGGGGCGCAACCUCUUGAAGGCGCUUAUUAAGAAAUCUACACUUCGUGGGGAGCAGGUCCACGUCCUGGGCUGUGAAGUCAGCGAGGAAGAGUUUCGAGAAGGUUUUAACUCCGAUAUCAACAACCGAGUGGUUUACCAUGACCUCUUCAGGGACCCUCUUAAUUGGUCAAACACUGGGGAGGCUUUUCCUGGGGGACCCCUGGGUGCACUGAGAGCCAUGUGCAGGAUGACAGAUCCGAGGCCUAUCACCAUUGCUCUUGAUUCACUCAGCUGGCUAUUGCUUCAUUUUCCCUGUUCCACAGUCUGCCAGACCCUCCAUACUCUACAUCAUCAAGGUUCCUGCUGUGGUGAUGGUUCCUCAGUGAAUGUGCUGGGUCUCCUGCAUGAAGAGCUCCAUGGCCCAGGUCCCCUUGGAGCACUGAGCAAUCUUGCUCAGAUCGAAGUGACCCUGGGUGGCACAGUGGGCAAGGCCUCAGCCCAUAUCCUCUACCGGAAGCCCCGACAUCGCCCAACUCAUCAGACUCAGUGGUUUUCUAUCCUUCCUGACUUCAGCCUGGAUCUCCAAGAAGGGCCACCCCUGAAGUCUCAGCCCCAUCCAGAUUCUCACACAUUGCCGGUGGAUCCCACAACUCAUUUGACCUUUAACCUUCGCCUGUCCAAGAAAGAAAGAGAAACCAGAGAUAGCCUGACUCUGCCCUUCCAGUUCAGCUCUGAAAAACAACAGGCUCUGCUGCGCUCUGAGCCAAUGCAGGCUUCCAGCCACAUCUUGUAUGAGCCAGAUGUUUACGACGACCUGGACCCAGAAGAUCCAGAUGAUGACUUGGAUGUUUGAUAGUCAAAUUUAACAACUAUAGUGGGAGGGGGAAGAGGACCCAGAACCACCCUUAAGUUUGCAUUGGCCUUAACCCUGUCCCUGCCCUGCCUUUACUCCUUUGUCUAUGGAGUCUCUGCCUACAAGUCAUGGAGAGGGCAUAGGAUAAGGCAAGAGAAGAGGAACUCUCAAUAAAGUAUUUUUA